GUGACGACCCUGCCAACCGGGCAGCAAAUGCUGAUGGAGCCUGUGACGGGACAGUUCCCCCAGACUGUCACGCCCGUUGGCACAGUGCCUGGUCCAGCCCCUGGCCCCGGCUACAUGUACGCUGCACCAACAGGCACGGAAGCUGUGCCCACUACCUUGCCAGAGGUGACCCCUGCCCCCGGCCCGGGCUACAUGUAUGCAGUGCCAACCGCGGACCCGGUGCCCACCGACCUCGCACCAGCGACCAACCCCCCAGGCCCUGGCUACAUGUACGCAGCUCCUGAAGGGUCUGCUCCUAUGCUGUAUGCAGCGCCCGCAGGGACGGAACCCACUCCCAUGCUGUAUGCGGCUCCGACCGCAACCGAGGCUCAGCCAGCCAUGUAUGCUGCUCCUACCACUGAGGGUGCGCCCAUGUACGCUGCUCCCACUGGCGAGGGUGCUCCAAUGUAC